GGAGAGGAGCUCUUGGUAUUGGCGGGAAUCCCCUUUCCUUUCUCCUUUGCAUUUCUAGUUCCAAGAAGCCCCUUUUCAUUUCCUGUUGAAACAGUGACCUCCUGCACACCAGCUACCAGCUGCCUACUAUUUUCACACUGCCCAAUGCAGUCGCUACUCCCAUUACUGACAAGCUGUUUUGGUUCUGUAUCUUUUCCGACGUCCCAUCUUUCUGAACUCUCUUCCGGUCGAAGUCCACCGCCGGGGUUCCUUUUUGUUGUCUGAAGUGGAGUCUUUCGGGAUAGUCUGUCUUCGGCUCUCAGCCAUGUUCCAAACUGAGCAUUAACAAAGUUCUUCAUGUUUGCAUUUUUCGUUUCCAUGUUACAGCCUUGAGGUCCAUGCGAUAACCAUCCGCAUCCUACACAAAAACGGGGCAACUUCUCAUAAGUAAAAGGGAUCCAGAUUUUUGUUCCCCCGUCAUUAAUAAAUCUCCCACGGGUCAGAGCCUUUUGGAGUUUAACUUCCACUCGGAUUCUCAGGAAAUUACUCCACCCUAUUCCAUCUUCAUCUACGUCAACAUCUAAUACUCUCCCCACCGAAGAUCCAAUCUGAUACCCCCAUUCCUUUGUCAUUGUACCAAAUGGCAUGUUAUGCAACCGAAUCCAAAAAACUUCCGACUGGAAUGAUAGGCGUCCUGGUUGCAUUGAUCCCUUGAAAGGCUGGAUCACAAACAACAAAUUGUCAAAAAGCCAAGGUUUUCCUUCGAGUAUUCGGUCUCUGCCCGCAUGGGUUGCGAACGUGAUUAUAAAUACAUUUCGGUCAACAGCCUAAAAAGAGGCUCGCUUACUGAUUCUCCAUAUUUUCUCCAUCGUCUUCACCACCACUUCUUUUCCAACCAAACAGUUGCAGCAUAUCUUUCCAAUGAGGCUUAGGUCCGCUUUUCUCGUUACUACCUCAUCGCCCCCUUCGGAUUUACUACUACCACUUCCUCUUCCUCCAUGAGCUUUAGAUGGCUCCAAAGGUCCUCUAAAACGUCCAUCCCAAUUGACCAGGACGACACUACUCCUCCACCUCCGUUGGCUCUAGCUAGCAGACUAGAGAAACCUCAGAGAGGAGACUUCUAACAUUUUUCUUGUAAAAUUUGAGUGGAAUGCUCCCGUUGUUGAGUGUAUAUAUUUACCAAUAAAAAAAAGUAAUGUGGGGGAAAUGGUGGGUUGAGGUGUGUAGCAACCUAUUGGGAAAAAGUGGAUGAAAGAGUGGUUAAAACAAGCAAGAAUAUUCUUCGAUAACUGUUAAAAAAUGUGUUAUGUCUGAUGGUUUAUGGAGGAUUUUAUUUUAUCUAGUCAAACAUAUUUGUUUCUAUCUCUUCUUCUUUCUAUUACAAGUUUCAAUUGUUAAAUUGUUUUGUUAAUGCUGCAUAUAAAGACAAAUGAGAGGGUGGGGGAAUUUUAUUGCUACUUCCAAGUAAUUCUAUUUUAUUGUUUAAGCAGUACUGCAUUUUUAUAGUAGUAUGCCUUAACUGUCUCCAAAGGCACACGCAUGCACGCAUGCAUAUGCGCACAGAACAUAGGUGAAUAUGAUGUUGUCAAUGACUUAAAAUUUCCCCCUUUUGGCUUCAACAGGGGCUGUUGCUAUUCUACUUCUUCUGGCUGUUGCCCUACUUUGUGCAUACGAACUUUGUGAUGUGUAUGUUACUGCUGGUGCAAGGGCAUCUGAGCGAUAUUCAUCUUCUGGUUUCUUUUUUGGUGUAUCGGCAAUUGCCUUGGCGAUCAACAUGCUCUUUAUUUGCAGAAUGGUAUUUAAUGGAAGAGGCUUAGAUGUGGAUGAGUAUGUGCGGCGGGCAUAUAAAUUUGCUUAUUCGGAUUGUAUAGAAGUGGGUCCUGUGGCUUGUUUACCUGAGCCCCCAAACCCCAAUGAAUUGUAUCCUCGGCAGUCUAGUAGGGCUUCACAUCUGGGACUUCUCUACCUUGGCUCGCUUAUAGUACUUCUUGUGUAUUCCAUCUGAUAUGGUGUGACAGCAAAGGACGCACAUUGGCUGGGAGCAAUUACAUCAGCCGCUAUUAUCAUUCUUG